AUGCGUGAGGACUGGGAGCGUACAAGUCAUAAGACGGGUCUUUCGACCAGAAGUCGUGAUGGGCCCGAUGUGUCUGUCUUUGGGGCUCUUGACAUCGCUGUCAAGACUGCAUCAACUCUAGAUAAAUAUCCCGGUCAGUCUCUGAGCCAUGAACAAUGGCAAUUCCACAGUGUACUAACGACAAAAGCAAGACAACACGCUCAGAGAGUGGCUCAAGCUCUAGACGUUGACCAAGGUCUCAUCUAUCUGCCUGGCGAACAGACUUUCAAUUGGCCCGACAGUGAUCAACCUCGCGCUUUCAGACAACUUCGUUACUUUCUGUACCUAAGCGGAUGUCAAGAGCCAGACUGUUUUGUGACAUACGACAUCGCCACCGACAAACUGAUUCUGUGGUUGGCACCUAUCGACCCGCGAAAGGUUGUCUGGACCGGCAGAGGAUCGACCGUCCAAGAGGCGCUGGAUAAGUACGACAUUGACGAAGCCCGAUUCGCACCAUCGCUUGAACAUUUUUUAAGAAAUGGGUCGCCAGGCAUGCAGGGUCUGUUUAUCUUCUUCAUCCUAACAAUGCCCUUUCCGAAAGCCUUCCUCAUAGAAUCAACUCAGAGAGUCUUCGACCUGCAAUGGAUGAAUGCCGAGUGA